AUGGCCAACAAUAUGAGUUCCAACAUCGUGGCCUUCACUCUCACUGAAGGUCAGUUUAAUAACAGACCUCCCUACUUCAAUGGCAGCAACUAUUCUUACUGGAAAGAAAGAAUGAGAAUCUUCGUGCAAUCAAUCGACUACAACAUCUGGAAGAUCAUCCUCAACGGACCAGACGUUCCCACUAAACAAAAUGCUGAUGGUGAAGUUGCGGCAAAAGAAGACAGCGAGUGGAUAGAGGAAGAAAAGAAGAAGGUUGAACUCAAUGCCAAGGCUAUCAACCUAAUGCACUAUGCAAUCAAUUUUGAAGAAUUCAGAAAAGUGUCAAGGUGCAAGAUGGCUAAAGAAAUAUGGGACAAGCUCAGACUCACUCAUGAAGGCACUAAGCAAGUGAGGGAGACCAGAAUUGACAUGCUGAUGAAGGAGUAUGAAAUAUUCAGCAUGAAGGAGGAUGAGAGCAUCGAUCAAAUGUUCGAAAGGUUCUCAAUAAUCAUCAACAAUUUGGAUGCCAUGGGAAGGAACUAUUCUGAAGAAACCUUAGUGAGGAAGAUCCUGAGGAGUCUUACUAAGAAAUGGGAAGUAAAAAGCACAACCAUCUCUGAAAGGAAUGAUUUGAUCAAAAUUACCUAUGAUGAGCUAAGAGGCAAGUUGCUGGCCUAUAAAACUACUCACAUGUCUCAAGACAAAGAUGACAAAAAGAAAAGUAUAGCACUGAAAUCAAGAAUGACAGCCAAAGAAGAAGAAUAUGAUGACAGUUUCUCAGAUGAAGAAAUGGUACUCUUUGCAAGAAAAAUGAGAAGAUUACUGAGAUUCAAAAGCAAAGGCAAAGGAAGUUGCUCAUCCAAAGAAGUCAAGAAAGAUCAAGUCAAGUUCACAUGUCACCAUUGCAAAGAACUAGGUCACUUCAAGUCAGAUUGCCCUCAACUAAAGAAAGGCGAAAAAUCCAAGAAAGACAAAAAGAAGGUAGAUCUCUUUGACUUAUCUAUUGAAGAAUUGCACUACAUUAUCAAAGACAUUAUUGUGGAUUCUAAGAAACUCUUGGAUAAGUAUGCGAAAUGUAAGAAAGAAAAUAAGGCAUUAAGGACAGAAAAUGAUAUUCUUUUGAAAAAGGUUAAGGCAACUGGAACUUGUAAUGAAAAUUUUUUAAAAGAAGAAAAUAGUGCCUUACGAGCUGAAUUAGAGAAAUUCAAACUCAAGCAUAAGGUUACUGCUUCUACUGAUUUGAUUUCUGAAAACAAAAAGCUAAAUGAACAAGUAAAAAAUCUGAAUGAAGACUUAGCAAAGUUUGUUCAAGGUUCUCAAAAUCUGAACAAACUGCUUGCUUGUCAAAGAUUUGGGUCUGAAAAAUCUGGACUUGGAUUCAAAGAGGAAAAUAAGGCUGUUUUCAAACAAAAUGUUCAAAAAUCUGAAGUCUCCUCUUCCAAGUUUUUCAAACUGAAAGGAUUCAGCAAACCUCAGAAAUUAGUGAGCAAGAACCAUUGCUACAAGUGCAAUAGAAAAGGUCAUGAUCCUCCUCAAUGCUUCAUAUUUCUAAGGUCUUUUGGCAAUGAUAAUAAAUUAUAUAAAGUUGUUCAUGAUUUCAAUGCUCUUGGGCAACCAAGAAGAUUUCACAUCAAAGGAUCCAAAUGGAUUUGA